GGAGUUUAGGGAGUCCUACGGAAAGGUGACUGAAAAAGAGAUGCUGGCAAGGUAUUAUUGUAAUUCUUAGCACAGAGGCCAGGCUCAUUCUGCGAUCGCUAAGACGGGACGCUGGUCUGUGGCAGAGAUCGGAGAGGGGAGAUGGGAUCCGCGUCUUCGGCGUAUCGAGUUAUCUACCUGGACGUCGAUGGCAGAUCGCAAAAGGUGGUCUUCAGUCGCUUCUGCAGCCCUUGUGACAUCAAGGAGCUGCUCUGCUCAGCACUGGGAUUGCCCAGAAACACAAGCAUUUUCUUGCUGGAUAUCACUGGUGCUAUGGUGUCCAUUGACCCCACCAUGCCACACAACUCCGAAAGGUCACCAUACAAAGUGGUUCCUGUGGCUGGUGGACAGUUGGCUGAUAAGGAGGAGCUCUUCCAGAAUGUGCUGACCCAGGUGGCAGAGCAGUUCUCCAGGGCGUUCAAGAUCAGCGAGCUGAAGACCGAGGUGACGAACCGCCUGGCCAUGCUGGAGAAAAGAGUCGAGCUGGAAGGGCUGAAAGUGGUGGAGAUCGAAAAGUGUCGCAGUGACAUCAAGAAGCUCCGAGAAGAAAUGGCAUCUCGGAAUAACAGUUUCUUUGAAGACAACAAAAAGCCGACACCCCGCAGGGACAUGCCUUCAUACCCCAAGUACCAUCUCUCCCAGGAGACGGUGGAGGCUUUGCGAAAGCCAACCUUCGACGUCUGGCAGUGGGAGCCCAACGAGAUGCUGAGCUGCUUAGAGCACAUAUAUCAUGACCUGGGCCUGGUCAAGGACUUCAGCAUCAAUCCCAUCACCCUGAAGAGGUGGCUGCUCUGCAUCCACGAUAACUACAGGAACAACCCCUUUCACAACUUCCGUCACUGCUUCUGUGUCUCUCAGAUGAUGUACAGCAUGAUCCACCUCUGCAGCCUACAGGAGCGUUUCACGCAGAUGGACAUCCUGAUCCUGAUGACUGCUGCUGUGUGCCAUGACCUGGACCACCCGGGUUACAACAACACGUACCAGAUCAAUGCGCGGACAGAGUUGGCAGUGCGCUACAACGACAUCUCCCCCUUGGAGAACCAUCACUGCGCUGUGGCCUUUCAGAUCUUCUCCCAGCCUGACUGCAACAUCUUUUCCAACUUUGACCCCGAGACAUUCAAGCAGAUACGGCAGGGGACGAUCACGCUGAUCCUGGCCACCGACAUGGCCCGGCAUGGGGAGAUCCUGGACUCCUUCAAGCAGAAAGUGGACAGUUUUGACUUCACCAAUGAGGAGCACGUCACGUGUCUAAAGAUGGUGCUCAUCAAAUGCUGUGACAUCUCCAAUGAGGUGCGGCCCAUGGAGGUGGCCGAGCCCUGGGUAGACUGCCUGCUGGAGGAGUACUUUAUGCAGAGUGACAGAGAGAAGUUGGAGGGCCUGCCCGUAGCCCCCUUCAUGGACAGGGAGAAGGUCACCAAGCCCACUGCCCAGAUCGGCUUCAUAAAGUUUGUCCUGAUCCCCAUGUUUGAGGCCGUCAUGAAGCUCUUCCCUCAGAUCGAGGAGGUGAUGGUGCAGCCACUCCGCGAGUCGCGGGACAGAUACGAGGAGCUGAAGCAGAUCGACGAUGCCAUGAACGAGGUCCAAAAAAAGAAAAGUGAGAAUCUGACUAUGGGCGGGAAGAAAAAGUAAUGUGGAUUUAAGGGGAAGCUCUUAGCAGAGGUGAUGGAAAUGCUGAUGCCAUAGGAACCAAGCAGAUGGGUGGCCCAGAGCUCCAAUCAGGGAUCAGGAAGCUGUACAGCACAGACACUUCAAUCACCACUUAUCUUGUAGAGUUUUUAACAUUUUGUUUUAUACAGACUGUACAGAUUUGUAGUCACACGAUCUUUCCUACAAAAUAAACAUUUUACUUUAAUAAAA